AUGUAUAAAGUCAUCACAUCACUUUGGUCUAAACCAAAGUCAUCAAGUAAAGCUCAUUUUUCACCCAACUCAAAAGUCGAUGAAGAUAGUUGGGUCUUUGUUUCUGAUGCAGUCAUGGUAACUCCAUCAAUAAAAAAUAAUUUAAUGACAAAUAGUUGGAUUGCAUCACCACCUCUAAUUAAAAAUGAUGAAUCAUCAACAAAUGUACAUAAUUUUAAUCCAAUUGAGAAUUUACUUAUUGAACAUGCGAGUAUGAGUGUUUAUGAUCAAAUCUCUUCGAAAACACGAAAUAGACGUCAGAAAAAAAUUAUCAAUGACAAUAAACUUGAUGAACAAGUUGAAGAAGUCGAAGAAGAAGGAGGAGAAGAUGAUGACGAUGAAGAUGAUAUUGAUGAUGAUGAUGAUAAUGAACAAAUAACAAUAAGUCGUCAAUAUCCAAAUAUAACAUCAGUACAUUAUCGUAAUUUGAAUAUAUCUACUAAUUCAUCGGUAACAACUCUUGAAUCAUCGACAUCAUCGCUUGUUGCUCAUCAUCGUCAUUUACAUCGUUUACAUCAACGACGUAAACGAUCAAAUAAAUCAUCAACAUCAAAAUUAGUUUUAACAAAUAAUGUUGAUGAUUCAAAACAAGUAUCAAACAAAAGUAUUGAACGACAACGUUUAAAUCAUACACGUACAUCUAAGAUUCUUCUUCAACAACCAUCACGUUUACAUCAUUGA